AUCUAGAAAUAACAACAGUGGAUACAUUAUUGCAUUUACUCAAAAACAAAAAAUUAGAUAAAAAAGAAAUUAAGGAUAAUUCUUGUGUUUUAUCUGUGAGAAAAAAACAAUUCAAAAAAACCUUCGAUUAAACAUUUUACGCGUAAGACAUCUCGUUAAAAUAUAUAUUAAUUAAAAAAAACUCUUGAUAUGAUUUUUCUCUUAAUUAUUAUAAUCAUUUAUUUAGAUCCGCGUCAAAAUUUGAGAAAACUAAGGGUAAGGUCUUGAAAAAUAGCAUAUGUUGACUUUAAUAUAUAACUUCAUUGGUUGCAUUACAGUGUUGUGUGUCUGAAUUAAUGUAAACAUUCUUAAAAAUUUUAUACAGUAUGUUCAGUUUUGCUCAUCCCUGUAUCACUUAAAGUAUUUUCAAUUUAUAAAUUAUAUUUUAUUGUUAUUUGUUUCUGCCAUUGGUUUGUGCUAAAUGAAUUUCUUUAAGCUGGUGAGGGAUCCAUAAAUCGAGUUUAUCUGAAUCGAUAAUGGCCUUGAUAUAGGCCUCAUUGACUUCAACUGGACGACCAGAUUAUUCAGUAUUUUUCAAUGAAAAAUCACCAGAACAAAAUCUGUCAAACCAAUAUUCACAAUACGUUUUUUUAAAGGCUUUAUUCCCAUACGUGACACAUAACUUCUUGUGUGCUUGCGAUGCGUUGUGGCCUUUUCGGAAAUAAUACAAUAAAAUAUGUCUGAAGUGCACGUCUUGUUCUUCCAUUUUUAAAUUGAGAUAAACACAAAACUAAAGAAUUAAUUGAUAUAAUUUUUUUACUAAAUGAAAGGAUCGUAAGCUUCGUGCUUUCGUUUCUCGCGCGUCCGAUGCUUCUGGUUAUUUUCCCUAGGACAUCGAUCCUUGCGAGAUAUCGAUAUUGCUUGAGACGCUACAGCGGACUUCUGCUAUGGCAUGUGCCGCUACUUUCACUUAAAUGACCACAAAUUAGAGAACAAUUAUUGGUUAUGCUGUAGUUGAGUCGUUUUUCGAUAGGUUUUAGAUCGAACCUAAACUGGUUAUUGAUAGUAAUAAUAACGAAGCUCUAUACAAGGAGGACGAUCGAGAUAGGCGUUCUCGUCGAAUUUGUGUCGUUGAAUAGAAGGAAACAUCGGAUACGAUAAUUCUCCACAAGGGCAGCGGUGGUGUUCGGGGGUUCAGAUUUUAAUACGUGUGUGUGUUGUUUUUUUUUGUGUUGUAUGGUACAUAUUUGAAAAAUCAGACCAUGCGAAUCAACGCGCUCUCUAGUGGCAAUAGAAAUCAUCCUCUCAUUUUGAAUAUUGUAGCCACAUUUACCACUGCGAUGGUCCUCCUUGUAUAUAGGCUCCUUGAUAAUAAUAAUGGCAGCCUGGCGGGAACUAUUUCCGUGUUGUUCUUUAUACAGAUUCGAUCAAAGUUUAUUGUUUUAUGUUAAAUAAUAGUAGUAUAUAAUUUAAGUAUAUAAUACUAUAUAACAUAAAUAAUAGUGAAAACAGAAAUACAACCAAGGUUAUUAGAAAUUCAUUCAAUGUUAAGAUUGUAUGAUAAUGAUAAAGUUUGCCUGUUUAUCGUUUUGUAUUUUAUAAUUUGAAUGAGUUUUCUAUCAUUGUUAUCUUUUGUUAUUAUAAGAUUCAAAAUAUAAAGAUGGAAAAAGAAGAAAGAAUCAGAAAAGAAAGAAGAAAUAUAGAGUUUGAAAAUAAUAAUAAAAAAAGAUCGAAGACUUUUGAUGACGACACUUCUAUACAAGAGUAUACCAUUGGUAAGAUCACUAGAAUUGCUAUGCAGAAUUUUAUGUGUCAUGAUGCUAUGCAAGUAACAUUAAAUCAAAAUGUUAAUUUUAUUGUGGGAAGAAAUGGAAGUGGAAAAAGUGCUAUAUUAACUGCUUUAACGGUAGGACUUGGAGCUAGAGCAAACGUUACUAGUAGAGGUGUGUCUGUUAAAGAUUUUAUCAAGAAAGGUAAAAGUGGAGCUGUUAUAGAAAUAACGUUAAUUAAUCAAGGUAUUAUGGCUUAUAAACAUGAUGUAUAUGGUGAUUUAAUAACAGUUGUUCGGUAUAUAGGCAAACGUUCUGGAUAUAAAAUUAAGAAUUGGAAAGGUGAAAUCAUUUCAACAAAGCGAGCUGAAUUGGAAAAUUUAUUAUAUUCAAUGAACAUACAAAUAGAUAAUCCCAUUUCAAUAUUAAAUCAAGAUGUGUCUAAAACAUUUUUAGUGUCAUCGAAGAGUGAAGAAAAAUACGAACUAUUUAUGAAAGCUACACGCUUAGAUGUCAUUGGAAAUAAUUAUAGAGAAGCAAUAAUUUCUAGCGAAGAAGCAAAGGAAAAGUUGGAACAUGCUAAUGAGAUAUUACAUAAAACAAAAGAAGAACUGGAUGAACUUAAGGAAAAGAUAGAACUAUUAAAUCAAGUUGACGCAUUAAAAAAUGAAUUAGGUGAUUUACAUAUGGAAUUGCAGUGGGCUAUUGUCAUAUCAGAAGAGGCAAAAUUGCAACAUUAUGAAGAAAAUCUGCAGAAGUGUAAACAGAAAUUGCUAGAGUUUCAGGAAACUUCCGGAUCAAUGGAAUCCAAAGAUGCAGAAAUUACUGAAAAAAUUAUGCAAUUACAAAAUGAAAUACAAAUAGCUGAAAAAAAUGUUUCAAAUAGUUCAAAUGAAUUCACAGAUGUUAAAAAUAAAUAUAAUAUCGAAAAAGAAGCAUAUUCUGUUAAGAUAAAAGAAUUGCGUGCUAUACAAAUGAAAACGAAAUAUUUAGAGGAAGAUAUUAAUUUACUUCGUAAAGAAAUCCAGCGGCUAGAAUGCGGAGAUGAUAAACAGGAUGAACGAAACAAGAUAAAACAAAGUCUUGAGGAAUUUCGAAAUAGAUUUGAUGAAAUUGAAGCUAUAUUACGUACGAAGGAAACCGAUUUAAUGCAUUUAGAAACAAAUAAAAUGAAACGUUCCCAAGAAAUACAAUCAAAAAGAAUCGAAAUAGAUAAUAAUGAAGUUCGGAUUCGCAAACUCAAACGAGAAAUACAAAUUUUAAAGCAGCAAUCUGAUAAUGCAUUAAUUGUGUUUGGACCAAAUAUACCACGACUUCUUAAACGUAUCGAAGAAGAACAUAGAAAAGAACGAUUUAAAAAGAGACCUCGUGGUCCUUUAGGUGCAUACGUAAAAGUGAAAGAUCGAGAAUGGAUUCCUGCUGUGGAAAAUUUUUUGGGUGCUAACUGUCUUACUACGUUUUGUGUAGAUAAUAGUGACGAUGCUAAAACUCUUACUAAGAUCAUGAAAGAAGUUUAUCUUAACGAAAGAGCGCCUCAAAUUGUCUAUAGUAAAUUUUUUAAUAAAGUUCAUGAUGUUAGUCAACAUUGUACACGUUCGUCCGUCUAUUUCAACAUGUUAGAGGCAAUGGACAUAUCGGAUCCUGUUGUAGCAAAUUGUUUAAUAGAUCAAUGGGAAAUCGAGUGUAUAUUACUCAUUCCAACGAGUUUAAAAGCGUGUGAAAUUAUGUCUGAUGCAAAGAAAGUUCCACUUAAUUGUAAAAAAGCCAUAACUCAACAAGGUGAUUUGUUCUAUCCAGAUCCAAAUUAUAAAACUUACGGGGCAAGAAAGGGAAUAAGGGCGAAAUAUCUUCAAAUAUCCACCGCAGAAGCUAUUAAUCAAUUAGAAGAAGAACUCUCCAUCGUCGAAGAAGAAAAAAAUGCUACUAUAAAAUUAUAUGCAAAUCUAUGUGAAGAGAAAGAAAGAACAAAUCGAGAGUUAGCAGAUGUUAAUGCUAAAGUAGAGAAAUUACAUUGUGCACGAGACAAAUAUAAAACAGCAAUUAAUGAUUUAACAGAUAAGAUGAAAGCGAGUGAAGCUACAUCUAUAACCGUAUUUCAUACUGAAUUAAUAGAGUUAGAGAAAAAACUUCAAAAUGAAAAAUCUGAAGAAGAACGUUUUAGUAUAGAGGUAGAACAACUGGAAAGGAGUAUUAAUAAUUUAGAAAUAGAGAUUAAAUGUUAUAGAGAAAUGAGAUAUGGUUUAGAAUUGAAAGUCAAUCCUUUAAAGGAAGAAAUUCGUCGUCUUAAAGAUGAAAAAGAAAUGCUUCAUUUAAAAGGUCAGCAAGCAGUUCGUACUGUAGAAAAAACCAAAGAGAUUGUGCAAAGUGCCGUUGUAGAGUUAGAAAAUCAACAAGAAAAAAAAAAUAAAGCGGUAGAAAAUGCGAUCAAAUGUUGCCCAAGAAUAAACACACAUAGAACGGUUGAUGAAAUUGAGAACCUUCAUAAGAGUUUGAAAGGAAAAAUUCAUGAAGUAGAACGAUCGUUUGAUUCUAAAGAAAAAUUAUCUAAAAAGUUAAAAAACCUGAAGGAAAAAUUCAGUAACGUAAUUGAAUUUUCUUCUGUGAUUGAAGAGAACAAUAAAAAUCAGUUGCAACGUCUUAAAAUCCGGAAAAAAAUGUAUGAAGAUAUGAAAGAAGCUAUUGGCAUGAAAGUAAAAAAUUCUUUUUCUACUAUAUUAGCACUACGAAAAUAUAAGGGUAGUAUAAACAUAGACCAUGUACAUAAAUUACUUACACUACAAGUAAGUCCUCAAAAUGAUAACCAAAGAUCAGUUACCGAUACUAGAUCAUUAUCCGGUGGAGAAAGAUCUUAUUCUACAGUAGCUUUCAUGUUAGCUCUUUGGGAUUGUACUAACUUGCCAUUUUAUUUUCUAGAUGAAUUUGAUGUAUUUAUGGAUAAAGUAAAUCGACGAGUGAUAAUGGAUAUUUUGUUAGAUUACACAAAAUCACAUCCUCAAUGUCAAUUUACUUUCCUUACACCUUUGGACACAUCCAAUAUCUUAGCAGAAGAUUUUGUGACGAUACAUCAAUUAGCUCCGCCGGAUAGAGCGUAACAAAUAAAUUAUAUUUUUUGUGAAUUUUUUCUAAUUAUAUUUUUAUGUAAAAAUAUAA